UAUUAUUUUUAUAAUGAUGAAUGAAUACUUAUUAAUUUUGUGUCGUAUUUAAAGUAAUAUAAAUAAACAUAUGACAAUAGUACAAAAAGUUUUUAUUGGAAUAGUAAACUGCAUAAUUCUGCAUUGCUAGAUGAAAAAUUAAAUGCUAAAUAAAUAUAAGUAAUUAAAACAUUAUAUGUACAAACACCCAAUUCGAUAGAUAUACACAUAUAUGUAGUUACAUAUUAAUAUUUGAACCCUAAAUGAAAACGAUGAAAAUAUAAUCAAAUAUAUAUUAUCUGGGGUAAAAUGCAGAAUGGAAUUGAUUUCGAAGAAAUAAUUACUUGCACUGACAUAGACUCCAACCUCGCACUUGGCAAUAAUAUUGCUGAAUUGGUGUCAUUUAAUGGUGAAAAAGUCAAUCAUUCUUGUGAAGGUGUCGAAGUUGAUCUUAUAUUAAAAGAUCAACUUCGGCACCGAGAUAACUCUUAUGGAGGACGAAGCGAUUGGAUCGUGCAUAAUGCAACAAGCAACCAGGUGAGGUGGACACGUAACAAUAUAGCUGCGACAAUGGAGAGAUUUGAACCUACAGGUCAUCCUCAUCCUACAUCUUUAGAUUAUGGACUUGCUGACACCGUAGUUGCCUCGAUUAACGAAGAAACAAAUGCUGUAAAAAUAUUAAAUCCUCCUAAUCGGUCUUCAAUUGAUAUUGAAUCGCUAGGAGCUGUUGGACCUGCGAAUCAUGUUUAUUCGUACGCUAAUUAUGAGCCUAGUGUAAAUUGUGUUUCAAAUAUCUCUCAGAAACAAUUAAGAGAAAAAUGUAAGAAUGAACAGAUUCAUUUCGAACAAAAUUUAUUGCCGAAGGGGCUAUAUUCUAAAGCAAGUAGUGAGCAGAAUGGGUUCUUGCCAAUAAGAGAUCGUCAUACUUAUACAACCCAUUAUGGAACAACGGAAAAUUUGUAUGAAGAAGUUAGUGAAAAAAAUAUAAGAAAGGUUCUUUCUGAUAAUCGAGUAUCCAUUACUGCAAAUUGUGUGAAGGAGGAACUUCUACGUGUUCAACACAAUCACUUCCGAGUGUUAGAAGAGCUUAAUUUAUCACUGGAAGCACUAAUUAUGCCCCCUAACCUGACCUCGAAGAAUAUAGAAGAAAGAGCAGAAAGUAUUGUGCACUGUCGAGGUGUUGGAACCGGUUUUGCCUCGGCAGUCGUGACCUCAAAUAAAAUGUUACCUCAAAAACGUCGAAAAUUUGGUUUGCUUGUAAGAGAUUCAUCUACCUUAUCAGGUCAUCGCAAUAAACCAGCAUUUUCAAGUACAAGUCUUGAGGAUGUGUCAGAGACCUUUCAAUCGGUGGACUGUAAAGAUAAUUUCCAAAAUUCGUCUAACAAAGAUGAACUUGAUGAAGAGGAUUUGGACAGUGGAUUUAGUGGUAGUGGUAUUAGUAGCGGUGCUAGUUACAAUGAAAGCUUGCGGUAUUAUAAAACUAGUAGUACGUCGAAAACACAAAACAACCUUUUCUCUAAAAACUUGUAUUGUUCACCUCCACCUUCUUUUGUGUUUACCACAAAAAAUAAUAUGACAUCCCAACAAGCUACCUCUGCAGCAAAUAAACAAUAUUGCUUUGAUUUAAACACACACCAUAUUCAUUCAACACCAGUAGCACUUUCAACUUAUACUAAAACGAAAACUAACUUUUUGUCUGAGAAAUCGUGAGGUUUUGGUCCAAUUUGUUUAGAAUUUAAGGUUAUAUAUACAAAAGGAAAUAUAAACGCAUAUGGAGUGAGGAGAUUCAUUUAUGUAUAAUAUACGGAUACAACUUGAGUAUUAUUAAAAUAAAAUUAUGAAAAAGGUGUAUUGGUAUUGAUGUGGAGAAAUAAAGUAAAUCUAAGCACA